AUCUUCUUGCCAUUGUUUCCUCCUCCCAGCCAUUUAGCUCUUUUCCUACAUUGCAUUGUCCUUUCUCCCUUCUUUUCUCAUUCCGUCUUGGCUUUAAGACAAGAUUCUAUGGCUGAUACACACAGCAGCAGAGCCAGUACGUAUGAGGAAGCAAACACAAGGUGGAUGGGUGUUGGAGACGAGAACAUCAUUCUGAACCCUCGCUUUGAGGAUGGCCUGAACAGCUGGUCUGGAAGAGGAUGCAAGAUUGCUCUACAUGACUCAAUGGGAGAUGGAAAGAUACGUCCAUUGAGUGGAAACUUCUUUGCUUCAGCAACCGAACGCACUCAAAACUGGAAUGGAAUUCAGCAGGAGGUCACUGGCAGGGUGCAACGGAAGCUUGCGUACGAGGUCACUGCAGUCGUUAGGAUUUUUGGCAAUGCUUCUCCUGCUGAUGUGAGAGCAACACUGUGGGUGCAAGCAGCAAAUGGCCGUGAGCAAUACAUAGGCAUCGCUAAUUCGCAGGCCACAGAUAGUGAUUGGGUGCAGUUGCAAGGGAAAUUUCUUCUGAAUGGGGUUGCUUCAAAAGCUGUCAUAUAUAUAGAAGGGCCACCUGCUGGUGCAGAUAUUCUUCUCAACAGUUUAGUAGUUAAACAUGCAGCAAAGCUCCCACCAUCAACUCCACCUGAUUUUGAGAAUGUUAUCUAUGGAGUCAAUGUAAUCCAGAACAGCAAUCUCGAUGAUGGCCUAAAUGGGUGGUUUCCUCUUGGUCCAUGCACUCUAGCCAUCGCUAACGGCUCGCCUCUUGUGCUCCCUCCCAUGGCGAAGGGCUCUUUUGGACCAAGUGAACCUUUAAGUGGUCGCUGCAUUCUUGUAACAAAUCGUACGCAGAGCUGGAUGGGCCCUGCUCAAACGAUCACUGACAAGCUUGAGUUACAUCUGACAUACCAGGUGUCAGCUUGGGUCCGAGUUGGUUCGCAGAGAAAUGGUCCUCAGAACAUCAAUGUCGCUCUAGGUGUAGAUACCCAAUGGGUCAACGGCGGCCAAGUUGAAGCUAAAGACGAUAGAUGGUAUGAAAUCGGGGGAUCAUUUAGGAUCGAGAAGAAACCUUCCAGAGUUAUAGUUUAUGUUCAAGGACCUUCGCCAGGAGUUGAUCUGAUGGUUGCAGGGCUUCAGAUAUUUCCUGUUGACAGGAGAGAAAGAUUUAAGCAUCUAAAGAAGCAUGCAGACAAGGUACGAAAGCGAGAUGUUGUAUUAAAAGUUUCAGGAUCAGAUACUCAUAUUCCAUUGCGAGCAUCUGUGAAGGUCAGACAAGUGCAAAACAGUUUCCCAUUGGGAUCAUGCAUCAGUCGAGCAAACAUAGAUAACGAAGACUACGUCGAUUUUUUUGUGAAGAACUUCAAUUGGGCAGUGUUCGGCAACGAGCUCAAGUGGUACUGGACAGAGCCACAGCAGGGAAAUUUUAACUACACCGACGCCGAUGAGCUCUUGGAUUUUUGCAAGAAGAAUGGGAUAGAGGCUAGAGGCCACUGUAUUUUCUGGGAAGUGGAUGGCGCAGUGCAAUCCUGGGUUAAGUCUUUGAACAAGAACGAUCUAUCGACAGCCGUUCAGAACCGUCUGAAUGGUCUACUUACAAGGUAUGAAGGCAAGUUCAGACACUACGAUGUGAAUAAUGAGAUGCUUCAUGGUUCUUUCUAUCAAGAUAGGCUGGGAAAUGAUAUCAGAGCUUAUAUGUUUAAGACUGCCAAUCAGCUGGAUCCCUCGGCCACCCUCUUUGUGAAUGAUUACCAUGUGGAGGAUGGAACUGAUACUAGAGCAUGUCCUGAGAUGUAUAUAGAGCAAAUCCUUGGUCUCCAAGACCAAGGUGCACCAGUAGCAGGGAUUGGAAUACAAGGACAUAUAGAUAACCCUGUAGGGCCAAUUGUAUGCUCUGCAUUGGAUAAGUUGGGGAUACUUGGGCUUCCAAUCUGGUUUACUGAACUGGAUGUCUCAUCAGAUAAUGAGUACAUUCGAGCCGAUGACUUGGAGGUUAUGCUUCGGGAGGCCUACGCGCAUCCCGCAGUGGAGGGCAUCAUGCUGUGGGGAUUCUGGGAGCUGUUUAUGAGCCGGGACAAUUCGCACUUGGUUAAUGCUGAAGGUGAUGUGAAUGAAGCUGGUAGGAGGUACCUGGCUUUGAAGCAAGAAUGGCUAUCCAAUGCUCAUGGGCGCAUCGACGAUCAAGGAGAGUUCAAAUUCCGGGGCUUUCAUGGCACUUACACUGUCGAGAUCAUCACUCCAACAAAGAAGUUCUCUCAGAAUUUCGCUGUGGGUAAAGGUGAUUCUCCUUUAGUGGUGAAUAUUAACUUAUGAAAGGUUGCAUGAUUGCGAAGAGGUGUGGCAGAAUGAAGAGCUCCAUUCUUGAUUUUGUUUUAUCCUCUUGUACGUGAGAUUGAAUUAGUACUGUGGCCUAGCACGUUAUGGGCACCACAGCUUCUGAUUAUGAUAUUAUAAAUAAAUAAAUAAAUAAUGAACAAAAA